UCUCUCUCUCUCUCUCUCUCUCUCUCUCUCUCUCUCUCUCUCUCUCUCUCCCUCCUCCUCCGAAACAUGGUUGGAGUUUUCCGGCGAUCACUCUCUUUCCCUAACAAACCCACCGUCCGUCCACCACCACCAUCAAAGCCACGUGUCUCUCACCACACAAGAUCCAUCAGCCUCCCAUGCAGAUCACACCCUUUGAUCUCCCACAUCAACCACGAGAUCUCCCAGAUCAAAUCCUGGUCCUCCUCCUUCGACCGCCGCACCACCGCAUGGCUCACCGACGGUCUCAGCCUCCUCAGAGACGUCCAAGAAACGCUCUCCGACAUCCUCCACCUCCCUCAGUCGCAGGAGUCUCUCCGCAACCGCCCCGUGUUCUUCGAAAAUCUUCUCGAAGACCUCCUCCGCUUCGUCGACGCCUACGGCAUCUUCCGCACGUCGGUCCUCUCCCUCCGCGAGCACCAGUCCGCCGCUCAAGUCGCCCUCCGGCGAAAAGACGACGUCAAAAUCUCCUCCUACGUAAAAUCUCGCCGCGCUCUAGCGCGGGAUAUAGCGAAGCUGACGUCAUCUAUACGCGAGCCGAAGACGAAGUACAACCGCUGCCACGUGGAUGUUUUAAACGGUUCGUACGGUGAGGCUGAGCUAGCGUCGGUCAUCGGUGACGUCAUCGAGGUCACUGUUUUGGUGUCUGUGGCGCUUUUCAACGGAGUCUAUUUAUCUAUACGUUCGAGUAAGACGACGACGUUUGUUGGGUUUCUUAAGAGGUCUGAGAAGAGAGACAAGAACUGUGAAGGGAUCGAGGAGCUGAAGCAAGUCGAGGAGAAGAGCUUAGUUGGAUUGAGCAAGAAGAAAAACGAAGAAGUGAAGAUUCUUACUAAGAAGAUGAUGGAGUUGGAGAAUUCGAUCGUUGAAAUUGAAUGUGGGAGUGAGAAAGUGUUUAGGGGUUUGAUUAGUACUCGGGUCUCAUUGCUUAAUGCCCUAACACAUUAACAUUGUCAACUCUCAUAUGAUCUCGUCCUUUUUCUUCAAAAUUUCAGUUUAUUUGCGUUUUUGUCCGAUUUUUUCAUUAUUUGUAUGAGUUAAAUACUUGAAUAAAAUAGAAAACAAAGAUAUAUACAUUACAUGUUGUUUUCAUACAAAUAUGAGAAUUAUUAUAUCGAGAGUUCUACAACAAACAA